CCUCUCUUGGACAGAGCUCGCAAUGGGCCGAAAUAAUAAUAAUAAUGGGGGAGCCCUGCAGGUUUGACACGAGGUAUCCUUGAUCAAUGGACCCAAUGAAAUCUGCGUGAUCGGCUGGUAAAAUGGAGUCCCCCAAAAUCCGUGAUUUACCGACUGAAAUGCCCUAACCCCCUCCAUCAAGGACUAGCAAAAUUCCCCUCACUUUGCAACACUUUCAACUCUAUGGUCAACUGUCUGACACCCACUCAGACACCCUCUAGUCUGUCUACUUUACGCGCAAAGUUCGGAUAAAUCGUGACAUCAUAAAUAAUAAAAAAAAAGACACCAUUCACAUUGAAUAGUCAAACAAUCUCGGUAAAUUGUUAUGUGGGACGAAUUGGAAUACAUCUAGCAUACGUGGAACAGUAAAUAUGGAGUAUUCACGACGAUUGACUGGUGUUGCUGUUGCGUUAUUGUUUCAGUUGUUGUUUGAUGCUGAGAUAAAUGCCGGUGUCCUGGCUAAUGCCGUGAGGGAGAAAGCAAAUUCUGGUGUCUACACCAAUGUUGGUUGGGUCUUCGGUAAUGAUGAGUUAUCACGACGACGGAGGGCUGUUAUUGUUAACAGCCAGGUCAAUGGAGGGCAUUAUUUUAUUGAGGAUAAAAAGUGUCGGGAGUCGUUGGAAAGACUUUGUGGGGUUAUUGAUAAUAAUAACGAUGAUCUGUUUCUUUUAGAGUGUGUCCAGACGUACAAGAUAAGUGAGGCUUACAUGAUAGACGAUGACUGUCAGCACUUAAUCUGGAAGCACAUAGUAAACAUCACCGAAAACGAAAGAAUUCAACAACUGGCCCGUAAGGAAUGCGCUGACGACAUUGACAAUCUCCAAUGUCCAGUAAAAAGCAUGGAGCCCGGUGCAUACCUCUCCUGUCUCAUUGAACAACGUGAGAAUGUGAAAAGUCCCCAGUGCUCAGACUUCAUCCAGCGUUUGGAGUUCGUGGCAUUCAGUGACUUUCAAAUAAUCACUCCAAUGAGGAAGGACUGUCAAUCCGACAUAGACAAGUUCAAAUGCGGAGGAAUUCAGCCCCACCGUGACAUCUACCAGGGUCAAACCAUCUCCUGCCUGCAGGCACAGUUGGACAAGCUCGACCAAAAGUGCCACAAACGUAUCACCAAAAUCUCAGAAAUGCAAUCAGAAAACAUCAAACUCGAUCGUCAACUAUUUCUCGCUUGUGCGCAAGAUCGCGAAAAGUUCUGUCCCAACAUUUAUCCAGGAAGUGGUCAAGUCUACAAGUGCCUGAUGCAGCACCAGUUGGACCGGACAAUGUCGAAGCAGUGCCAGGAUCAGCUGGCGAGGCGUGAGAAAGUUAUUGUCUCGGAUUACAGGGCCUCGAAGCGUCUGGUGAAGACCUGCAGGGAGGACAUCAAGAUCAACCACUGCAGAAGAUCGGUAUCUGAGGACAAGGACAUCAGACUGGCGCAGAUUCUCCUCUGUCUGGAGACAGCGGCCAAGAACGGCACGAAGGUGGAUCCAGAGUGCCAGAAGGAGAUGUUCGAUCACCGAAAGAUCCUGAUGGAGGAUUAUCACUUAUCACCGGAGAUUGUUGACGGCUGUUCGCCAGACAUCUCUCGUUUCUGUAAUGGCCUUGGGCUUGGUGGAGUGACCAUUCACUGUCUAAUGGAGCAUGCCAAAGCCAGGAAGCCCAAGAAUAAGUUGCGAGCCGAGUGCCAACGAGCCCUCGAGGAACUUGUCAAGGAGACAGAUGCAGGUGAGGAUUGGCGAGUGGAUCCAGUACUUCACGACGCGUGUCAACCUGUGGUGGAUUCCUCCUGUCGAGACGUUCAGGGUGGAAAUGCUCGAGUGAUCUACUGCCUAAUGGACAAAGUGGGAACAGACAGAAUGCUGGAGGCGUGCGAGACAGCUCUGUUUCAAAUCCAGUAUUUCAUCGUGAGAGAUUACAAGUUGGAUCCCCAGUUGUACAAGGCCUGCAAAAGUGACGCUGUGCAGUUGUGCCAUGCUAAGGCAGCUUGGAGCGACGACGGCAAUCAGAUGGAUCCAGAGAGAGGUCCCUUGGUACUCCCCUGUCUCUACCGUUAUGCUGAUAAUCAGAAAAAUGUGACACUGAAGCCCGCCUGCCUCCAGGAAAUCAGAAGGGUGAUGCGUCAGCGUGCGAUAAGUGUUGAUCUCCAACCGGAGAUUGAGCAGGCUUGCUUCACAGAGCUUGCAGACAAUUGCUACAAGAAAGUGGCAAAGGGCGAGGAGAUUCUGUGCCUCCAGGAUAACCUGGAUGAUUUGAGUGAUAAAUGCAAACAGGCUAUCAACAAUCUGACUGAGGAUCAGGGGGAGAGGAUCGAAUUGAAUCCGAUAAUAAUGUCGGAGUGUGGAAAGGCGAUGGACAAGUACUGCGAGGACAUUCUGAAGAUUGGAAAGGAUGAGGGAGACAUGAUGGAGUGUCUGAUAAAACAUAAGAACGAUGUCGAGUACAACUGCAAGGCUGCUAUCGAACACAUCCAGAUUAUAUCAUUGAAGAAUUAUCAUUUCACGUACAAAUUCAAGAAGGCAUGCAAACAGCACGUCGAUCGCUUCUGUGACAAGGCCGCCACGAAGGCGAGGGUGAUAGAGUGCCUGAGUGACAUUGUCAGGGAGGAUAUCACCAGUGGCAGCAAGCACAGGAUUGAAAAGGACUGCAGACAGCAGUUGAGGGGCCAACUGUACCAGCAGAGGGAGAAUAUCAAUCUGGAUCCAUUGCUACAGAGGGCGUGUCAGCGGGAGAUAAGGCAGUUCUGCUUUAAUAUUGAGCCCGGAAAUUCUCAAAUUCUGGAGUGUCUCGCUUCGCACAAGAUGCAGCUGUCUAAUACCUGUCACAGACAGUUGUUCAAGGUACGCCAGCAGGAGUUCUUGGACAGCUCCAGUGAUUUCUUGCUUUGGAACACGUGUCAAUCGAUGAUCGCCCAGUUCUGCCAGAAGGAUCCGGACAAGUCCAAAGUCUUUGAUUGCUUGAAGGGGGUCAAGGAUGAGCUGUCCUUCGAUGAAAAGUGUAAGGAAAUUGUUGUCAAGAGAAUGAUCGAGCAGAAUACUGACUACAGAUUCAAUGGUGCCCUUCAUGCUGCCUGCUCACACGACAUCGUCACUCAGUGUGAUAAGGUCGUCCAUAAUGAGCCCGCUGAUAAGGAGCUCGAGGGAAAGGUUGUCAAGUGCCUCAAGAUCAAGUUCAGGGAGGGAAAGCUCAGGGCUAAGUGCCAGAAGCAGAUGACCAUUAUUCUUAAACAGGCGGCGCAGAACUAUCAUCUUAAUCCACUCCUGGUGGCCAUGUGUAGUCAUGAGAUUCAGACUAUUUGUCAUUCGGAGGAAGAUGACAGUGAUACCGUGGAAGAGUGCCUCAAGAUGCAGUUCAAUAGGGGAAAUCCCGAAAUGAGAGAGGAGUGCAAAGUAGAAAUUGCGGAUCUCAUUGAAGAGGCCAAGGCUGAUAUUCAUUUUGAUCCACUGCUGCACAGAGCUUGCUCUAAUGAUGUCGCCAAGUACUGCAGCGAUGUCGCACAAGGAUCCGGAAGACAUAUCAUGUGCUUGCAAAAUACAAUGAAUGAUGGGAAGAAGCCCCUGGAGCCGGACUGUUUCAAAAUGCUGUCGAAACGAAUUGAAAUGUUCAAGAAUGUUGCAAAGCUUCAUUUGCCCAACACAAUAGAGGAACUCUACACAACGGUCAAUCAAUCUCCAUCGAGAAGAUACUUUUUAAUCAUGGCAUUCACCCUCAUAGGAAUAAUUUUUAUAAUGGGUUUGUUCUGUGGAAGAAUAACCCGUCGAACGAUGAUGAUGAAAAACAAGUAGCUUUCUAUUCCAGCCAAGGAGCAGCUCUAAAGUGAUUCAGUAAUUUAUAAGCUAUAAGUUUAAUUGUGAACAUUAAUUUCUUUUUCAUUAUCAAUAAUGCCGAUGGAAUUUCUAAAAUGUUACGAAUUGACGUGCUAAUUAUUCUGGAUUUGUUUGGGAUAUUUCAGUAUUCAUAUGUGUGGUUGAUUACAGCUGCUCGUUGAUAAUGUUUUUGAGUGAUUCGCUCGUCUUGUAACUUUACUUACUCAGUGAAUGUGCGAUCAUUCCGAAUUCUCAAUUUUGUACGCAACUUUUUCAAGCCAAUUUUAUACAUUAUCAACUUACUUUGCACAAUAUCAGUGAUAAUAAUGAAACAAUCCCCCACUCAAGCAGCAAAACCGAUGUUUGAGUGAGGAAAAGUAUUUAUUCGGUCCCCAGAAUGAUUAUAAAAAUGUAAAUAAAUAUAUUUAUCUUAGAAACGAAUAAAAAUUGCGAGAUAA